AUGAGGCUCGCGUGGUACGCAGGGGUUUCCACGGCCCUGGCGGCCUCAGUCGUCGUGUCGGCAUUCCACCAACGAGCGAACUUUUAUUCGGCCAUGGUUUACCUCGCGCAGAGUAACUUCUGCUUACUGGUCUUGGUCAACUUCAUUUACCUUAUCUACGGUACCCUGAUUUAUGGCCUGCAACGACUUCUGUAUGGCCCGCUGCGACAAGUAGAGGUCGAGCAGCUCUCCGAAAAGGCGUGGUUCGCCAUUACCGAAACAUGCCUCGCGAUGACGAUAUUUCGGGAGGAGAUUGGUGCAUGGUUCCUCGUCAUGUUUACUGCUCUGGUGACAGGCAAGGUCUGGGGCUGGAUCGGCGACGGCCGCGUUGAAGUUCUCGAGCAGCAACCUCCCGCGAACCCCGGUCUCUUCCACACCAGACUCAGUCUUUCGCUCCUCUUGAGCCUGAUCUACGACACCUGGCUUCUUCGAUACACUGUGGCUACGGUCAUCCAGCAAGCACGACCCAACAUGAUGGUUAUGUUCCUCUUCGAGUUUGCUGUACUGGCGACGUGCUCCGCGCGGACCGGAAUCCGCUACAUGGUAUCCGUCAUGGAGCAGAACAUUGUCAAGACACAAACGAGACACCGAUUGGAGGAACGACGAAGGCAGCUUCUAGAUUGCGUCAAGCUAGCCAUCUACUUGGUCUUCUUCGGAAUCCUACUUACAUUCUACGGCUUGCCCAUUCACAUUAUGCGGGACCUCUUUAUGACGGCCAGAUCUGUUAUAAAGAGAGGAUCUGCGCUCUGGCGCUACCGCAAGGCUGUGGAGGAUAUGAACAAGUAUCCAGACGCCACACAGGAAGAGCUUGCACGAGAGGACACUUGCAUCAUUUGCCGAGAGGAGAUGCGGCCCUGGGACCCCAACAAUGGGGCGGUCGAGCGUGUACGACCCAAGAAGCUGCCCUGUGGACACAUCUUACACUUCGGCUGCCUCAAGAGCUGGCUCGAGCGUCAACAAGUCUGCCCUACCUGCCGAAGCCCCGUUGUCGUCAACAACAACAACAACAACGCUGCAGCGCCGCAGAACCGGGAGGCGAUGUUCGCCAGGAUCGGUCUCGGUGGGUUGGGAGCCGCUCCUCCAGCCCCAGGUGGCCAACAACAGCCGCCCGACAACGCCGGCGGCGUUGUGCCUGUCGCUCAACCGGCUCAACAACCACCUCGCAAUGGAGCGGCUCGUGUCUUCCAGUUAGGUCCCAUCCGUCUCGGUUUCGCACAGGGAGAGAACAUGCAGCAGCUGGCCCAGCAAAUGGGCGUCCCUCCAGAGGCAAUCCCUACGCCUCUUGCACAGGGAGCCCCUGCCGGCCCCUUCACACCAGCCGCACAAACACCGGGCGGUAACAGCAUGUCGGCAAUCCGCCAGCAAAUACAACAACUCGAGCACAUGAUCCAGCGCGAGGUCGCAUCCCUCCAGAGUAUGCAUCAGGAGCUACAGACCCUUCAGCUUCUUACUGCAGAGCUUGGCCGCAUUCGUCAGUUGCAACAGCAAUCGGAACAGGUGCAGAAUGGGCCGCUGAAUGGUGGACUGGGCCCGAAUGUCGUCAACCUAGGACCCAAUCAGCAGUUUCCGCUUCCCGCGAUGUCCUUGUCACAACUUCCGAUCCAUCCAGGAUUGCGGGUAAAUGGCCCCGUUGUGACUAGACACGGAGCUGCGAAUCAUUCGAACGCAAUUCCUGCCGGCAGCUCAGAGCUUCCCGAAGGUGUAGUUAUACCUCCGGGAUGGUCCCUCUUGCCCCUCCAGCGGAUAGAGGGCGCCCCAGGGUCCCAGCCCUUUUCUGAGGCGACACCAUCAGGAUCGGGCGAGAAUACACAGCCGUCAGAGUCGACGGCCUCCGUUCCAACUGCCCCGGCCGCUGGUGCCACUCAGCAUCAAGAGUCUAACUCCGUACCCACAAUCGACUUCUCAGCCCAUGCGACUGAGCCUGAGCAACGUCAUAGAACCGCCGUCUCGAGUUCCAACGUCACUACAGAUCAGACCGAGUCUCCCCCCGUCCUCGCCCCGAAUCCCGUGCUACCCAACUGGGGCGGAGCGAACCAGCUUUUUGGCAACGGACGAGGAUUGUCGAGCCUGGGUAACACGGCGCCCUCAGAGACGUCGGUUGAUGAUGUUUCGAGACAGGAGGAAAGCGCGCCUCGGACUGCAGGGGAUAAGUCACCAGCCGCUCCGGCAAGAGACGAGAGCAUCGAGGAGGACAGUGCCAGUGGCAGCAGCAACAAGGGCAAGGCCAGGGCUGUCACCGUAGAGGAGGCCGAAGACGAUGAGUAA